AUGUAUCUGUUCCAGUUGGGUAAAGCACCCAGGAAUGUGAGGACUAGUCUCCCCCGCCGGUAUUGUUCGGACAUCCCAGAAGGCACAAGGAUGGUCACUCUGAUCCCAGGAGAUGGGAUUGGGCCUGAAAUCUCUGCUGCUGUGCAGAAAAUUUUCAAGGCAGCUAAUGUGCCGAUCAUGUGGGAGUCGGUGGAUGUGACUCCAGUGAAACUGCCAGAUGGGACAUUUGGGAUUCCUCCAUCUGUCAUCGAGUCUGUCAACAAGAAUAAAGUUGGGCUCAAAGGACCUCUCAUGACCCCAGUUGGCAAGGGUCACCGUUCCCUCAACCUUGCACUUCGAAAGGAAUUUUCCUUAUAUGCAAAUGUGCGUCCCUGUCGGUCGAUCGAGGGUUACCAGACACUGUACGAUGACGUGGAUGUGGUCACCAUUCGAGAAAACACUGAGGGGGAGUACUCAGGGAUUGAACACGAGGUUGUUGAGGGUGUUGUGCAGAGCAUCAAGCUCAUCACGGAAGGUGCCUCUCGUCGUGUGGCUGAAUUUGCAUUCAAGUAUGCACAAGAGAACAAUCGCACCAUGGUGGGUGCUGUUCACAAGGCCAAUAUUAUGCGAAUGUCAGACGGACUGUUCCUCCAAUGCUGCCGUGAAGUGGCAUCUCGAUACCCAAAUAUCAAGUUCCAGGAGCACUACCUGGACACAGUAUGCCUUCGAAUGGUGCAGGACCCAUCACAGUUUGACAUCUUGGUGAUGCCAAACCUUUAUGGCGACAUCCUCUCUGAUCUCUGCGCUGGACUCAUUGGGGGUUUGGGUCUCACACCUAGUGGGAACAUAGGGGAGAAAGGAGCACUCUUUGAAUCUGUGCAUGGGACAGCGCCAGACAUAGCCGGACAGGACAAGGCAAACCCAACAGCUCUGCUUCUCUCGGGGGUCAUGAUGCUCCGGCACAUGAACCUACAUGAACAUGCCAACAUCAUUGAGAAAGCCUGCUUUGAGACAAUUCGUGAGCGUAAGUGCAUCACAGGAGAUCUUGGUGGGUCAGCCAAAUGUUCAGAGUACACCAAUGAGAUCUGUCAAAAAAUUGAAGCCAACUUCAGCAACAAGGGCAGCAGUCGUUCCUAGCAUCAUCCUUUCAUGUUUAGGAUCACAAAUUAUUCUUUGUUUCUCUCCUUACCUCUGUGAUCUCCAUAUCUCUUACCUAAUCCUGUGCUUUUCAGUGUGAUGUGAUUGAAACUUUGGUGCAAUGUCAUUGGUUACCCCUGUGAUGGAUCAUUGUGCUUGAAUCUGUGAGGGAUUUCAUGGGAAAGCAAGGAACAUGAGCAGGUUUUAGUACAGAAAAAAUGGCAGACG